AGUUUGCAGAUUGUUAUGUUUCAGACUCUCGUUGGAUAGAGCGAGAGCCACAGAGAGCGCGCCGGAUUCUCAGCCUUACUUACCGAAAAGCCUUUCUGCCCAACCGCCACCUCCCUUUCCCACUAACGUAUUCUCCAUACCCCGGAAACCCUGGACAUUUUUCCUCCCUCCUUAUAGUUUUCUCUUCGGCUUUCAUUCAGUCGCAAUCUGAACAACUGGUUUACGCACUGCUGCUUAUUUUGGAUUGGUCUGACACACGAGGGGCCGUGGAUGAGCUGCUUUAGCUAAAACCGGAGAUGGAAGUGCUGAUAAUAUGUAUUUCCUUUUGGAUAUUGCAAUGCAAUUCAGUGGCAAGCGCGGACUCUAUCAUUCACAUCGGUGCCAUAUUCGAGGAGAACGCAGUGAGGGAUGACGAGGUUUUCCAGCUGGCGAUCUCAGACCUCAGUCUCAACGACGACAUUUUGCAGAGCGAGAAAAUCACACAUUCCAUAAAACUUGUCGAGGUUAACAACCCUUUCCAGGCGGUCCAGGAAGCCUGCGAGUUGAUGACCCAGGGCAUCCUGGCUCUGGUCACCUCUACCGGCUGUGCCUCGGCCAGCGCCCUCCAAUCCCUGACUGACGCAAUGCACAUCCCACACGUGUAUGUCCAGCGCAGUGGCGAGGGCUCGCCACGCACCACCUGCCAGCUCAACCCCAGCCCCGACGGCCAACGCUACACCCUGGCGGCGCGCCCGCCCGUCCGUCUCAACGACGUAAUGCUCACCCUGGUCGGCGAGCUGCGCUGGCAGAAGUUCAUUGUCUUCUAUGACAACGAGUAUGAUAUCCGCGGCCUACAGGGUUUCCUGGACCAGACGUCUCGGCAGGGGCUGGACGUAUCUCUACAGAGAGUGGACAGGAACAUCAGUAAGGUCUUCUCAAACCUCUUCAACACCAUGAGGACAGAGGAGCUCAACCGCUACAGGGACACACUGAGACGGGCCAUCCUACUGCUCAGCCCCCGAGGAGCUCAGGUCUUCAUCCAACAGGCUGUUGAAACCAACCUGGCUUCCAAGGACAGUCACUGGGUAUUUGUCAAUGAGGAGAUCAGUGACACUGAGAUCAUGGAGCUGGCCCACAGUGCAUUGGGGCGGAUGACAGUGAUUCGUCAGAUCUUCCCGCUGUGGAGGGACAGCAGCGUGCGCUGCAUGAGGAACAACCACCGCAUCUCCUCCUUACUCUGUGACCCCCAGGAAGGAUACUUACAGUCACUUGAGGUGUCCAACUUGUACCUGUAUGAUAGUGUGCUGGCACUGGCUAACGCCUUCCAGAGGAAGUUGGUGGACAGGAAGUGGCACAGCAUGGCCAGUCUGAACUGCAUCAAGAAGUCCACCAAGCCUUGGAAUGGAGGCUGGUCCAUGCUGGAGAACAUCCAGAUGGGACAUAUCACAGGCCUUACAGGAACGAUGGAUUUCAAAGCGAACGGAUCCAAUUCUCACGUCCAGUUUGAAAUACUGGGCACCAGCUUCAGUGAGACGUUUGGAAAAGACGUGAAAAGGCUGGCAACAUGGGACUCAGUCCAUGGUCUAAAUGGAAGCCUGAAAGAGAGUCGCAUUGAGAACGGCAUGCAAGGAGUGACGGUCAAAGUAGUAACACUACUGGAGGAUCCAUUUGUCAUGGUUGCUGAAAACAUCCUUGGUCAGCCUAAGCGGUACAAAGGAUUCUCCAUCGAUGUGCUCGACGCCUUGGCCAAGAUCCUGGGCUUCAAGUACGAGAUCUACCAGGUGGCGGACAGCAAGUACGGCUCGCAGCUGCCCAACGGCUCCUGGAAUGGAAUGAUCGGCGAGCUCAUAAACAAGAGAGCUGACCUGGCCGUGUCUGCUAUUACUAUCACUCCGGAGCGGGAAAGCGUGGUGGACUUCAGUAAGCGCUACAUGGACUACUCUGUGGGGAUCCUGCUGAAGAAACCGGAGGAGAAGAUCAACAUCUUCUCGCUGUUCGCUCCGUUUGACCUGGCCGUGUGGGGGUGUAUCGCUGCAGCCAUCCCCGUGGUUGGAGUUCUCAUCUUCCUGCUAAGCAGGAUGCAGUCACUGAGGACCCAGAAUCCUCCAGUGCCACACCAGCAGCCCGCCAACCAAGCGUCCAACUCCCUGCACAGUGCUAUCUGGAUAGUCUAUGGAGCGUUUGUACAGCAAGGAGGGGACAGCGUGGUGAGCUCUGUGGCCCUGAGAAUCGUCAUGGGCAGCUGGUGGCUCUUCACCCUCAUCGUAUGUUCCUCCUACACGGCCAACCUGGCAGCCUACCUCACCGUCUCCCGCAUGGACACCACCGUACGGACAUUCCAGGACCUGUCCAGGCAGAUGGACGUGUCCUACGGCACCGUGAGAGACUCAGCCGUCUACGACUACUUCAAGAACAAGGGCACCAACCCUCUGGAGCAGGACAGCACAUUCGCAGAGCUGUGGAGGACCAUCAGUAAGAACAACGGCCAUGAUUACUCUGUGUCCAGUCCCUCAGAGGGCAUCCGCAAGGCGAAGAAGGGCCCGUAUGCCUUCCUGUGGGACAUGGCUGUGGUGGAGUAUGCCGCACUGACGGACGAUGACUGCACCAUCACCGUCACAGGAAACAGCAUGAGCAGCAAAGGCUACGGCAUCGCCAUGCAGCAUGGGAGUCCCUACAGAGACCUCUUCUCCCAGAAGAUCCUGGAGCUGCAGGAGAAAGGAGACCUGGACAUCCUGAAGCAGAAGUGGUGGCCUCGUAUGGGCCGCUGUGACCUCAACAGCCAUUCCAACGCCACGCCCGACGGGCGGUCCCUGAAACUACACAGCUUCGCAGGGGUUUUCUGCGUCCUGGCUGCAGGACUGCUGCUGGCCUGCCUGGUUGCUGGCCUGGAGAUGUGGUGGAACAGCAACCGCUGCGGGCAAGAGCAGCCCAAAGAGGACAAGGAGGUGAAUCUGGAACAGGUGCAUCGGCGUAUGAACAGUCUUAUGGACGAGGACAUGGCGCACAAGCAGAUCCCCGGCCCGUCUAUCGAGAUCUCUGCGCUGGACAUCGGCAGCAUGCAGCCCAGCCAGCAGCUGGAGUCUGUGCGGGACUACCCGGGCACGGGCCUGUCUGUGAGCGCCUAUCUCCCAGGGGAGGGUCAUGGGGGGGGCCUGGGUCGGACACUAGCUCAGGGCCCUGGCAGCACCCUCCCCCACCACCCCCUCAGCAGCUCCACCAUCCCCUCCAUUCAGUGCAAACACAGAGCUCCCAACGGGGGGCUGUUCCGACAGAGUCCCGCCAAGACGCCCAUGCCAAUGUCAUAUCAGGGAGUUCCCGGAGGACCCAUCCCAGAAGCCAUUGAGUCCACCCACAGUACAUCCAUCUAAUGGUGCCAUCUCAAUGUCACAUGUCCUUCCCCUCAUCUGAUAUUCUGGGGGAUUGUUGAAAAAUAUAUGAAGAAAAAAAUAUGAAAAGUCUACAAACGAGAAAAAUAAGAGAUUUUUAUUACCUGUUGAACAACCAACGUCGUCGAAAGAACAGAAAAUUUUACUUGUAUAUAUUUGUAAAUACUGAGAGAACGAAGUGAAGUAAAAGUGUAUUUUGAAUAUUCUCAAUUUUUGAAGUUGAGUUACAAAUAAAAAAAACAAGAUAAAAAAAAUGAUAUUAAAAAAAACGACUGUUUGAAUGGCUUUGUAAAUUUUGUUCUAUAUGAAUAAUGACGCAAAUUCAUUGUGAUUGUUUUCUAAGUGCCGAAAUAAAAGAUGUCUCUCCACAGUUCAUUCUUAGAUGGCCAUGCACCAUAGAGACAUAAUGUAGAACACCAACUGUUAUGUACCACUGUAACAACAACCAUAUCUAUAGAGCGGUAUCAGAGGAGAAUAUUCCCAAUAGAGGGAUUCAUUUUGUUUGUAAGGCAUAUACAUUUUUCAAGGUGUUUUUGUUUUCCUACUUUAAAGUCUUAGAGAAUCAUUGAUAAAGACUGGAACUGGAGUAAUUGUCUCUUAUGAGUUCUACAUAUUUUUGAAAUGGAAGGUAUUUCAUAGAGCUCAAUUUCAGCCCUAUGUUGUCAAAGACAUAGGGAGAUUUAGUGUCAGUCAGCUCCCAACACCAAACAAAGCUGGUACUAAAGGGUGCCGUGUACAGCGUAACAUCAGUCAAACGUCUCACAUUGCUAAGGCCAGACCUUAGAGUUAGGCUUACGUUAGGAGAAUGUUCAAAGGAAAUGUCUUGACUGAAUCUUGUCCCUGACGAUGUAUACCAUAUGUUUCCUUAGUUGUGUGGGAGGGAUGUUUAAAACAGAAAAAUGUUAUUUUUAACAACAAAAAAAGCUCAUUUGAAAAAUCUGUGUUCAUUUUUUACUGAAGGAUUUAUUGUUGAAAAGUUGUAUACAGUUUGUCUCCUUUCAGAGUAGUUAAGUCAUUUCAACUGCAGAUGGAGAAAAGUAGAUAUAUAAUAUUGUAAUGUCUCAUGUUUAUAAUUUGUAAUGGAGUAAUUAUCACCAAGGUAGAUGGAAGAUAAAGGAGUGAUAUAAAAAUUCUAAACUAUUACAGUGUAAUAGCAGUACAGGUGACAUAUCCUACUGUCUAAAUACUGAUGGAACUCUGUUCAUAAAAUUAACAGAAUUUCCCCAUCGAUUAACCUGUGCACUUUGCAGGGCAGCAGUUCAUAUUACAUUUACAACUAAGGAUGAACUGCGAAACUUUACCAAGACUUUCGUAAGUGCAAUUAAAAUGCAAUUAUGUCCUGCAGUAUAUUUUCUGUUUAUGUCCUUUAGCCUAUCAUACUGAAGAACUCAUUGCCAGGAAGUGAGAUAGUGAAUGUCAGUGGUUACUGUUCAUGUGCACAACACAUUGUGUACCAGGAAUACUGAUAGCUGAUCUAUACACAUACCAAUAAAAAGGUUUGUCCUCACCUCUUGGAAAAUGUGACAAAUCACCCCUCAGAGCCAUUGAAGGAAAGCAAAGAACGAGAAAGAAGUGAUGUCAUGAGAAUAAACCCGAAAUAUCAUCCCGCAAAAGUGUUUCACGCCAUCUGUUUUCCCGCUCUUGGUUUUCAAACUAAAUUGGAGAGGUUGUAAGCCUGUAUAUGUUGUACAAGUAGAUACUAAUGUGAACCAAAGUGAUCUCAUUUUACACUGUGUUCUGCAUACAACCUGUGCCAAUGAUCCGCUAAUAGUGGUGAAAGGGAAGUUCCACACUACUGUAAGGGUUGAGAGUGUUUCACUGCCUUACUGUGUACCCCCAUUACUGUAUCAAUGCCCACGCCACAAGAUUCAAGAAAAAAAUAUAUUAAAAAAAAGCUAUCAUAUCAUCCAGUCUGUAACAGUACAUCAACGGAGACUCAUUUAAUUUAUGAAUAUGCUGCUUGGAGUUUCUUAAUCUUUAAUAAAGAAAUUUGGUUUUCA